ACGCGAGCAGGGACGACGACCUCGUCGGCUCUUGCUCUCCCUGCCCACUCCUCCAAAGCCAGCAAAAGCCCAAAGAAGCCUUGUUCUUCUUCCCCAAGCUCCGAGGCCGCGUCCGUCCCCGCCGGCGACUGACGAGAUGGUGCUCUCGCAUGGCGUGGGGGGUUCCUCCGACGAGUCCGUGCACUCGACAUUCGCCUCCCGCUACGUCCGCACCUCCCUCCCCAGGUUCCGGAUGCCGGAGCAGUCGAUCCCGAAGGACGCGGCGUACCAGAUCAUCAACGACGAGCUGAUGCUGGACGGGAACCCGCGGCUGAACCUGGCGUCGUUCGUCACCACGUGGAUGGAGCCCGAGUGCGACAAGCUCAUCAUGGCCUCCGUGAACAAGAACUACGUCGACAUGGACGAGUACCCCGUCACCACCGAGCUCCAGAACCGGUGUGUGAACAUGAUCGCGCAUCUCUUCAACGCCCCUCUCGGGGAGUCGGAAACGGCCAUCGGUGUGGGCACCGUGGGCUCGUCCGAGGCCAUCAUGCUCGCCGGACUGGCGUUCAAGAGGCGGUGGCAGAACAAGAUGAAGGCCGCCGGCAAGCCCUGCGACAAGCCUAACAUUGUCACCGGCGCUAACGUCCAAGUUUGCUGGGAGAAGUUCGCGCGCUACUUCGAGGUGGAGCUGAAGGAAGUGAAGCUGCGCGAUGGAUACUACGUCAUGGACCCGGAGAAGGCCGUGGAGCUGGUCGACGAGAACACCAUCUGCGUUGCGGCCAUCCUGGGCUCCACGCUGAACGGCGAGUUCGAGGACGUGAAGCUGCUCAACGACCUGCUCACCAAGAAGAACGCGGAGACAGGCUGGGACACGCCGAUUCACGUCGACGCGGCGAGCGGCGGGUUCAUCGCGCCGUUCCUGUACCCGGACCUUGAGUGGGACUUCCGGCUGCCGCUGGUGAAGAGCAUCAACGUCAGCGGGCACAAGUACGGCCUCGUCUACGCCGGAAUCGGGUGGUGCAUCUGGAGGACCAAGGAGGACCUGCCGGAGGAGCUCAUCUUCCACAUCAACUACCUUGGCGCCGACCAGCCCACCUUCACUCUCAACUUCUCCAAAGGUUCCAGCCAAGUCAUCGCACAGUACUACCAGCUGAUCCGCCUUGGCUUUGAGGGUUACAAGAACAUCAUGGAGAAUUGCCAAGAGAACGCGAUGGUGCUGAAGCAGGGUCUGGAGAAGAUGGGCCGGUUCAACAUCGUGUCCAAGGACAACGGCGUGCCGCUUGUGGCCUUCUCCCUCAAGGACAGCAGCCGGCACAACGAGUUUGAGAUCUCCGACUUCCUUCGCCGCUUCGGCUGGAUCGUGCCGGCCUACACCAUGCCCCCCGACGCGCAGCACGUGACGGUGCUCCGCGUCGUCAUCCGCGAGGACUUCAGCCGCACCUUCGCCGAGCGCCUCGUGGUCGAUAUCGAGAAGGCGCUACACGAGCUCGACGCGCUGCCCGCCCGCGUCCCCAACGGCGACAUCGCCGCUCUUGCCGCCGCCGCGGAGAGCGAGACUCAGAAGCAGAAGGAGCGCCAGGCGAUCUCGAUCUGGAAGAGGGCCGUCCUUGCCAAGAAGACCAACGGCGUCUGCUAAGCAACGGAUGCAUGGUGGGUCGUGCUGUUACCAAGGAAAAUCGUCCUCUUUUAUUUUUGAACUGUGGGUGAAUUUCCUCUUGUUUCUGUGAUUUUAGUCCCGGAUUAAGGUUGCAAUCUGUGGAGUUAUUUUUUCGGGGCUCGAUAUGAAGAAGCGAGAGUAUUCUGGUACGUGUUGAACAUGGGUUAUGGACCCGAAUUUAUGUAUCUUGCAUUGUUUACUUUAUCUAAUCGAAUCAAUAACCUGUUUGUGCA